GUGCGCCCUCGAGAUCGCCCUCCGGCUCGCGCUGCGGGCCUGGGCCGACGUGCCGCGGGCGCGUCGCUGCGCCGCCAGGCACUCGGAGGCGCUGGCGGGUCGGGCACGGCAGCUGGCGAUGAUCGGGUUGCUGGUGGCAUUGAUGGAAGCCUGGACCUCCUGGCGCCUGACCUGCUAUAAGGACGGCAAG